AUGACCUGUGCGGGUUCAGGUUGUCCUGCUCGCAAGAGGCCUGCAACGCAGCCCGUUGCCUGCCAAGAAGGUAUCGUCCUGCACCUACUGGGGGGACAGAUGGAGUCUGUGCUCCUCCGCCUCGACAGCGACCGGCCGAAAGUCGGUACAUCCCAUCUCCAGACCAAUGUGGUCCUCGAGCGGCCUGCAUCCGUGACAGACCGUGGUUACACAUUUGCCGGCACGCACGACUGGCGCUAA